AUGAGCGCACUGGAAUGCUGGAGAUGCAGAAUCGAACUGGGCAUGCAAUACCACAUUUGGUGGAGAUUCCCCCAGGAUCCAACCCUUCUAGAGGGAGAUACAUCAAGCGAUCACAACACUCACGGACGGCGCAGUCAAGUUCACGCCAGAAAACUACCUGCUACAAUUGACACCCCUGUAGUUGGCUACCUACAAAAAGACAAUUACCCCGUACUUGGUGAAUGCGGCACGCAGCCUGAUCCCAAUGUUUUGGAAGAACACCACAACCCCAUCUAG